AUGACGUUUACAGACUUCCAGAGUUUUCCGCUCUUAGGAAUCGUGGCCUUGUCCGUGGUCCUCCUACAGUUAUAUUUACGCAGGAAAUACAAAACUCUAGAUAACGUCCCAGGCCCAGGCUCUGCUUCCUGGAUUACAGGAAACUUUAAACAAGUGUUCAAUCCUGGCGCUUGGGGGUUCCACGAAUUCAUUGCCAAGAAAUAUGGGAGUAUGGUUCGCCUACACGGCCCUUAUGGGACAAAAUCACUCUACACAUUUGACGCCAAAGCGAUGCAUACGGUACUAGUAAAAGAUCAAGAUAUUUUCGAAGAGAGUGACGGUUUUAUAGAGAGCAACCUUUUAAUCUUCGGAAACGGAUUGCUUGGAACUUUGGGGCACCAACAUCGUCAACAGCGGAAAAUGCUUAAUCCUAUCUUCUCGGCCGCACAUAUGCGGGAAAUGAUCCCGACGUUUUUUCAAGUCAGUCACCAGUUAGAAUGCGCGCUUAGGAAUAGGCUACAAAGUGGUCCUCCGACUCAAGAGGUCGAUAUACUCUCCUGGAUGGGUCGUACCGCCUUGGAAAUAAUGGGUCAGGCAGGCCUAGGCUAUUCCUUUGACCCUUUGACAGACGAUGAAUCCUUCCAUCCUUACAGUAAGGCGAUAAAAGAGCUUCUCCCGACUCUGAUGCGCCUGCAAUUCUGGCGCAUGAACGUACUCCAGUAUGUGUCUCGGAUUGGCACUGCGGGUCUCCGUCGUUUUGUGGUCAAUUUGUUGCCUUGGAAGGAUCUUCAUCACAUCCGUGACAUGAUUGAUUACAUGCACAGCACAGCAGAAGAAAUUUACGAGAGUAAGAAACGUGCGUUCGAGAUGGGUGAUGAGGCGGUUUCCCAGCAGAUAGGAAGAGGAAAGGAUCUCAUUAGUAUCCUCAUGAGGGAAAACAUGAAAGCGUCUACUGAGAACCGCUUGCAAGAUAACGAAGUUGUCGGCCAGAUGAAUACAUUGAUUUUUGCAGCAAUGGACACAACCUCGAGCGCAAUGGCACGCCUGCUCCAUCUUCUAUCCAAGCAUCCUGAUGCACAGGACAAACUUCGGCAAGAACUCAUCGAGGCAAAACGCCAGAAAGACGGACAAGAUUUAACAUACCAGGAACUUACUGAAUUGCCGUACCUUGAUGCUAUCUGUCGGGAGACUCUUCGUCUAUACGCCCCCGCUUCAAAUGUUGUCCGAUUUGCUCGUCAAGACGGAGUCAUACCCCUUCACAAACCAAUCAUAGGUUUAGACGGUACUGAAAUACAUGAGGUCACGGUUCCUAAGGGUACAACGAUAUUUGUGUCCAUCUUCAAUGCGAACAGAAACCCUGAUUUGUGGGGUAAAGAUGCUCACGAGUGGAAGCCUGAAAGAUGGCUCUCGCCACUCCCGGAAUCGCUCGUCGAUGCCCGGAUACCUGGAGUAUAUUCUCAUUUGAUGACCUUUAUUGGAGGUGGACGCUCCUGCAUUGGGUUCAAGUUCUCGCAAUUAGAGAUGAAGGUUGUCAUUUCCAUCUUGGUGGAAACUUUCAAAUUCUCCCCUUCGGACAAAGACUCCAAAAUCUUUUGGCAGAUGAAUGGUGUGACGGCUCCUGUUGUUGGAAAAGACAAACAUCCACAAUUGCCCAUCAACAUCAGUUUAGUGAACUGA